AGCGGAGGUUCGGCCUGCUUUGGAGACUCGGGGAGAGCUAUGUCGGAGCCAGCACCCCCAGUGGCAGAGCUGACCCUGCGGCGCCGUUUGCCCCCCCGGCUGCCUCGCCGCCGGGGUGACGUCUAUGUCAACAUGAAGACAGAUUUCAAGGCCCAACUGAGCCGGUGCCAGAAGCUGCUGGGGCCUGGCGGGGGCUGCACAGAAAUUUGCAUCCACGGGCUGGGCCUGGCCAUCAACCGGGCCAUCAACAUCGCCUUGCAGUUGCAGGCAGGUGGUGCUGGAGCCCUGCGCCUGGCUGCCAACACCUCCACCGUGGAGCUGGCUGAUGUGCUGGAGGCCCAGAGUGAUGAGGACGGGCACCCACCAUUGGCCCGGGCCCGCAACAACUCUGCCAUCCACAUUCGAGUGUGCCGGGUUUCCCCACCACCAUGAGAGACAGUGCCCCAGCACGGAGCCAGCCCUGGAGACCCCUGCUUGCCGCAGUGCCUCAGCACAAAGAUGGAGCCAGCUUUGGAGACCCCUGUCUGCUGCGGCACCUUAGCACGGAGCUGGCCCCAGAGACUCCUGCCUGGCCACCCCCAGAGACCACUGCCAUCUCAUCCCCAGGACAGAGCCCUGGCACAGAGCCUGCUCUGGAGACCCCUGCUGCAGCAUCCCCAGAACAGAGCACUAGCACAGAGCUGGCAUGUAGACCUUGGCUGCAGCACCUUCAGGAGACAGUCCUGGCACAGACCAUUGUCACAGUGCCCUAGGACAGAAGAAUUCCAGCUUGCAGAUGCCCCCAAAGCCUGCAUGGCAUGGAGCUGCCCCCAGGCAAACUUGUCUAGCUCCCUUUAUAGGAGAUGGUUUUGACUGCAGGGGUGGGUAGACGGGAUGGUCUUGACCUUUAAUCUCUUCUGGACCACCCUCCCUCCCAUCCACUGUCCCCCUUCCCAAGAAACCCAGGUGGAACAUCUCCCCAAAGUGGAACUGGAUGCCGGAGACUGAGGAUAUGUAUCUGGGGAGGAAGGAAGCAGAUCCGGGGGGAGGCAGGAUUCUGACUUUGGGGUGAUGGAGGGGGCUGGGGAAAGGUCCCUCCUCUUAGCGGGGAUCUGCCUCAUGCCCUAAAUCUGUGAGAUUCAACAAUAAAAACUAACUGGG